GUGUCGGCGGUGUUUCGCCAAGAAUCGCUCGCGAGCCAUCUUAUCUUUAUCUCCUAACCUUUACGUUCCCACCAAGCCAACCCGCCUUUUUCUUAUAUUAUUUUACCGCAUCACUUCGCGUUCACGGUGCUUUUGAUCCGUUUCUCAGGCUGUGCUCGCUCUCCUUUCUCCUCCGUUUUCUUUUCUUUCGUUUUCCUCCUCUUCGUGAUUCCGAAAUUUCAGAUUUCGCUGCACAAAAUGAAGAUGCGUGAGCCGAGGUGGAUAGUUGCUGCGUUUGCUGCCUGGUCGGGCCCGCUCGGGCGGUUUUCCUGAGGAGAAUGCUGCCCCUGCUCAAGAAAGCCAUCGAGAAGGAACGCAAAGCUUCGCCGGGUCGCGCCUGGCGCUACUCGUACUCGCCGGUGGCCCAGUCGGAAGCCCCCGCGGCCCCCUCCUCCCCCCCGCAAGCCCCCCCGCCCGAACCACAAGCAGAGGCCCAGCGGCCACGAAGGAUCAACAACUUUCGCGUAUCCACCAUGGACGAUCGCAAGGAGUUGGUGGCGAAGAACCGGUCGGGGAAGCGGAAGUUCAUCCUCCUGACGGUGAUCCCGGUCAUGAUUCUGGGGAUCGCGGCCGUGUUGCUGCUCACCGUGGGCGACGGCGAUGGCGCCGCGGACAAGGGCGCGUCCCCCUCCAGGGCCCUCCCCCUCUCGGACAUCACCGAGGGCUGGUUCGACCGCUCCUCCCCCGUUUGGAACGGCACUUGGGUCUCAGACACUGAGAUCCUGAUGAAAGAUGAACAUGAAAAUCUCAUCCUUCACGAUGUGGAAGCUGCAAAGUCGACAGUUGUCCUCGAAAAUAACCCAGAUAAGCUGCUUUCAACAGGUAUCCAGUAUGAACUUUCAGCAGACAAAAGGUACAUAAUGAUCGCCACAACUUAUACCAGGUUAUAUCGGUACUCAUUUAUUGCAAGGUAUCAAAUUUAUGAUAUUCAGAAAAGGGUUACAUUUCCGCUGGCGAAUGCAACCGUAAACACAUCGGAGCCUCUGGAAGUGCAGCUUGUUAUGUGGGCCCCUAAAGGCAAUGGUUUUGCCUAUGUUUACUUGAACAAUGUCUACUAUCGACCGUCUGCAGAGUCAACCAUUGAAUAUCAACUUACCACCGAUGGGAUCCGCAAUUAUGUCUAUAACGGAGUACCCGAUUGGGUUUAUGAAGAGGAAGUACUAGCGUCAAACUCGGCCAUGUGGUUCUCUCCCGAUGGGCAGAAAUUAGCUUACGCUUCUUUCAACGACACCUCGGUCCCUGUCAUGACAGUGCCUUUCUAUGGCGCUGCUAGCUCGCCCAAGUUCCAGUACCCGCUCCCUGUGAACAUCAGGUACCCAAAGGCAGGGAGGUCUAACCCAACUGUCAAUUUGAAUCUUGUUACCUUACCAAAAGCAUCCGAGAAUCCAACAGCUCAACCUUCGUUGACUCUUCUUCCCAGACCUGAUGAUUUUUCUGAACACAAUUCUAUUCUCAGCAUUGUAACAUGGAGAGACGCUUCAAAUAUCAUAGCCAUUUGGUUCAAUCGAGUUCAAAAUUCAUCUCGUAUCAUGCUAUGCAAAGCAGAAGGCAAGCAAGAAUGCUUCGUGCUCUAUAAGUUAGAUGAAAGUAACGGUUGGAUCGAGAUUGAUAAAGCUCCAGUUUUUUCUGAAGAUGGGAAACACAUGCUGUUAGUGCUUCCUCACCUAGACCCUUCAGGCUCAGAUAAAUACCCGCAUAUCACUCGCCUCUCAACCGAAGUUCCCAAGGAAAGCAUCCCACUGACUGAAGGUGCAUUUUCAGUCAAUCAUAUCCAUGGUUGGGACUGGGCGGAGCAUAAAAUAUAUUUCACGGCAACGCUUCCACAGCAUCCUGAACAGCUUCAUUUUUUCGUUACCUCUGAUGGCCUCGAUGCAAGCUCAAAGUCUCCUGAGUGUCUUUCCUGCAAAUUGAAGUUGAGUUCAGGGAGCCCUUGUACUUACGUGGUUGUUUCAGGGAGCCCAGGAAACUCUCACUUUGCUCUAACAUGUGUCGGUCCAGGACCCGCUGAAGCUUUCAUUUACAACAAGCAAGGAAGGCUUUUCUCGUCGUGGGAAAGCAAUGAGGUAGUGAGACGUAAGUUGCAAGAAAUCAAACUGCCUACCGUCAAAUAUCUUAGAGCUCCAAUUGAAAGAACGGACAUGAAAGCAUAUGUGAAAUUACUAUUACCUCCCAAUCUCGAUACCUCCGGUAAAACCAAGUACCCUCUUCUAGUCCAUGUAUAUGGCGGACCGAAAUCAAACUUGGCGGUUGAUACUUUCAAAAUGGACUGGAAUCAUUACCUGGCAAUCAACAAGAGUGUCAUUAUUGCUCACAUAGACGGUCGCAACUCUGGUUUGAAAGGUCAAAAAAUGCUUUUCGCCGGUUACAGACGUCUUGGAACAGUGGAAAUAUUCGAUCAAAUCAAUGUCACCAGAUAUUUGCAAAAUACUCUCCCGUACAUCGAUAAAUCAAGGACUGCUAUCUGGGGUUGGAGUUAUGGAGGCUAUGCAACUGCUAUGGCUCUGGCGCAGGAUGUCAACAAUGUUUUCCAAUGUGGAGUAUCUGUCGCUCCUGUCACUGAUUGGGUUUAUUAUGACACAAUAUAUACAGAGAGGUACAUGGGACUACCGAUCAUCGAAGACAAUGUAAUGGGAUACAUCGGUGCCUCCCUGAACAAUAAAGUUGAAAAUUUGAGGAAUAAAAAAUAUCUCUUAAUUCAUGGCACCUACGAUGACAACGUCCACUUCCAGCAAUCAAUGAUGUUAUCACGACAGUUGGAACUCAAAGAUAUUAUGUUCCAGCAAAUGAGCUAUCCUGAUGAGGAGCAUGGCUUAGUAGGAGUGCGGCCUCAUUUCUAUCAUACCCUCACUCGGUUCAUAUCAGACUGUUUCCACCUCGAUCAGUGAAGAGAUGUGCUGAUUUUAAGACUGAUGCUCAACUCUGCGAUUAAUUUGUUUUCCAUCUAAGUUUUAGAUUUUGUGUUGAUUCUUAGAUAAUGAAGUUUACUGUUUCUUCUCUGUGUAAAUAAAGCCCAGGUUGAUGGGAAAGUUUUAGAAGGUUGAAACCUUGAGCUACCAUUGUGAUAUGUUCUAAUGCCAAAUUUUUAAAAAUUAAUCAAAGCACACGGAAACUUAAGCAUUUAAAUUUGUGUUAAUUUGAUCUAAGGAUUGAAAAGUUUGAUUUCGCCCAAAUUGUGUAUUGUAUCAAAGUGGCUUCUUAAAGUAGCUGAAGAAAAUCAUCAUGGAUACAUAUAUCACGUCGGGGAAUGCGUUAUCAACUCAUGUUUCAGCUCACUUUAAAUUUCAUUUUGAUCAUCUUUGCGAUGAAACGGGAAUUAUCUCCUCACUCUUAGGAAUGUUUGUACAUAUAGUUUUAUGAGUUUUGACUUGUUACAUAUUUAUUUAAAUCAACAGGAAGAAUCAUGUUUUUGUUCGGGAUACUUAAAUGCCAAGAUUCUUUAUCAAACCGUACCUUAUUUAAGUUAUCCUUUUUUAGCUGGAUGUUUCUGCGGUUGUCACUACUUUAUUACCAGGUUUACACUGAGUUCCCUUUAUUUUCACCAUGGAUUUACUCAGCAAAACGAUGAAGGCAUUUGUUUCUUUUUAUUGUUUAUUUUUCAGUAAAAUUAAAUUCAAAAUUCUUAAAUUUUUUUUGUUGAAUGAUUUUGGAUGCAUAUACGUAUUUUAAAUUUGUUUAUUUUUCCGACUUCCUUCGUUUGUCAUUUUUUUAAAAGUCAUAUUUUAGCACCUAAAUGCUCCAAAUUUGGAUGUAUUUCUAUCGAACGGAACUAUGUGCAUCAAGACAUGAGCCCUGAGACCCAUAAGAAUAUGUGCAAACCAGGGCUCACAUCAUAAUGCAUAUAGCUCCGUUUGAUAGAAAUACGUCCAUUUAUGUGCCACUCGAGAAUACUCAAGUUGAAUAUGACUUUUUCUAAGAAAGUUAAUCAGUGAAGAAGAAAAAGAAGCUGCCAAUUCCUGAAAGCUGUAUUUUUAACUCCAUUAAUAUUCUUGAAACAGGACAUCACAAAUGAAAAAUCCACUUUAUUGUACGUAAUGUAAUUUUUUUCACCUCCCUAGGAAUAUCGUUUCAUUCAUUAACUUGAGCAUACUGUACAGUAACUAUGUGUAUUUUGCCUACGAUUUUAUCAUUGAAUUUACUUAUGCUCAGACCUCCAAUAACAGUUGUCAAUGAAAAUGAGCUCCUUACAUAUCAACUUAAGAGACUCUCAAGUUACAGUCUAUUACGCCUGCCAACUUUUAUUGGAUGGAAGAAAAUCUACAAUCUCGAUUCUAGCAUUUAGUUUCAAUGUGAAAAUAAGGACAUCACAAUCAUUUGUCCCUUCUGUCCCCUCCAAAAGUUGGCCAGCAUCAACGUUGGCACUAACUUUGUUACUGCAGUAGUAAUUGGACUCCAAGAGUUGAUGUCAAUAGCACUGUCAUUGACCACUGUUAGAAGAGAAAUCUUUUCAAAACAAGAGGUUCCAUACUAGAGCCCAUUUCUAAGGCAUUGAAUGUAAGUGUAGUUAAUUGCAAAAAUAGCUGUGCAUUAAUAGAAUUUCCUUUCACGAAACAAGUCUGUAAGUGGAUGUUAUUUUUGUAUGGUAAAUGAUUCAAAUGUAUUUUAAAGUCAAUGUUCCUACGAAUUACUACCCCAAAUUAUAUUCCAGUCAAAUUUCACCAAUAAGUCGGGAAUCCUGCUUCCUAAUAUGGUAUGAAUACCUUGGGCCCGUUUUUUGGCUUUACCAAUACAAAGUCCGUUUAACUCAGAAACCCCACUAAAUUGGCAUGAAUCCUUACUCCCAAUGCAUACAGACUUGGUGAGGUUUGACUGUAUUUACCUCUUGAUUUAUCUUCUUUUAAAAGGUGCUCCAGAUAAUUUUAUAUUUUAGAUAGGUAUUAUUGAUAGAUGUGAAGGUAACUUUCUUCCAUUCUUUGUUGAAAGUACUGUUGUAAAUAUGAAAAUAAGACUUACUGUAAGUUGUAGGUGAUUCAUGAAAAAGGAAAGAAACAGUUGACAAUGCAGACCUGCAGCCUGAUCGUUGGAAUUUUGUGUUUGUCGACAGCUGGAGGAAUGUAGUUAUAUGGUGGGUCAGCUCUGUCAGCUGCCCUUUUUGUUGGCCUAUGUUGGGUGGAUUUGAUGGUAAAGUAUCAAUAACUCAAGGGGUGACUUAAGCUUCUUGUUGAUUCCACUUGACGUAUGCACACAAUUUACACUUACCUAACAUUUUUCUUUAUACUUGGGCGAUGGUGAAAAUAAAAUUUCAACCAUCAGCUUGCAGAGGACAAGAAAACUGAAUGUCUCAAUAGUCAUACAACUAAAUGUCUACUUCUAUGCAUUUAAUUAAAGAACUUUUAAAACAUUUGAAACUCAGAGGAACAUCCUCUUGUCAUAAUCUCAUUUGCCAACCAGGGACAGUCUGCAAGUAUUGUUUCUUAUCUGAUGUCUGCAUUUAUCUAUCCUGCUGUAUAGAGUUGGGGGAAAGAGCUGUGAAGUCUUGCAGAUUUUAUUUCGCGUCAAAACUGUCUAACCUACCACCCAGAUGCUCCAUUUUUCCCUCUUACAAUUUUUUUACACCAUUAAUUUGUUUACCGUACGUACGUAAAAAAAGGUCUAUGAAGAAUUUAUUUUUAGAAAACCUAUGGUAUUUUUUGUAAAUAUGUAUUUUAAGCAUCCACAUCUAGAAUAGGUACCUAGUCCGUGAAAUUUUCAAUGUCUAAUUAUUUUCUUUUUUUACUCCAUGAAUGUAUGCAAUAUUCAAUAAAAGAAAUUUCAUGAGAAUGUUACACACAAA